AUGGACGGUCGAGAUUCGAUGAUCGGACGCGUGGCGCUAGGAGCGGAUGAUCUCGAGGAGGAAUGGGGGAGGUCUGGAAGGAGAGCAGAGGAAGCGGAGGAUGAAGCGGAGCAAGCAGCAAGGCAAGCCAGGCGAGCGGAGCAGACGGAGCAAGCAAAGGAAGCGGAGCAGACGGUGUCCUCUCCUCCAUCUUCCUCCUCUGCUCUGUCGUCUCGCUUCGACCGUCCCUCGACCUCAGCCUCGUCAGCUUCGAUAUCAGUCAAGGCCGCGGGUUCCGGCCGGCCGGGGUAUCAAAUCCGCCAAACCAGAUCUGAUACGGAGGUCAGCACCACAGUUGAGUGGAGGCUGAUCGCUCCUCCCGAGAGCUAUGGUCUUCCGGGGAUGGUCUCUCCUCGCGGGCCGGGGGAGAACAGAGGAAGAGGAUUUGGAAGAGGGGAAGGGGGAGGUGGUGGAGGAGGAGGAGGAGAGAAAGGCGGGGUCGCAAGGAGAGCGAUGAUCAACCACAAGCAGAGCCAGAGCAUGGAUUUCGCUUCAAUGAUGAAAAACAGCGACUGGCUUCAGAACCCUGAGUCUGCUGGUCGGCUUGCGGUCUCUGCUGCUAAGGUUGCAGCAGCAGCGGCGGCAGCAGCAGCGGGAUCCGUGAAGUCACAAGUUGUUACGACCUUUGAGACGUCGCAAAAGGCUGCGGAAUCUAUGAAGGCACAAGUGGUUACUGGAGUCACGGCGACAGCCACAGCUGCUGCUGUUGCCGCCAACCGGAAUGUCGUCGCAGUGAAGGCGGCAAGAAAUGUAGCGGUUAACGGCGCCAGGACUGUAGCAGGAUCGGUGGCAGACACUGUAGCAGACUCUUUGGCAGGAACUGUAGCAGGCACUGUAGCAGGAGAUGUAGCAGUGAAUGUAGCACGAUCUGUUGCACGGACUUUCUCUCCCCAGUCCUCUAUUCUCAGCCAGCGCAAUGGUCCUGCUGUAUUAACUCUCAAGCCAAAUCUUCCUCCUCUCUCCCCUCCUGUCACCAACCCAUCACGACCUCCUCCCCUCACUCCCUCCUCUCAAUCCCCUCGUCCCAUUCCCUCCUCUCAAUCCCCUCGUCCCUCUUCCUCACCUCGACCCCCUCCUAUCACUACCGCGUCUCGAUCCCCUCCACUCACUCCCUCUUCUCAAUCCCCCGUCUCGCUUCCUCAUCUCGCACCCCUCCUCUCAGUCCCUCAUCUCGGCCCCCUCAUCUCGCUCCCUCAUCUCAGUCCCCUCGUCUCGCCUCAUCUCGUCCCCCUCCCAUCACCACCUCGUCUCGAUCCCCCCCUCACACUCCCUCAUCUCGGUCCCCCGGUCUCACUUCCUCUUCUCGACCCCCUCCUUUCAGUCCCGCGUCUCGACCCCCACCUCUCGCUCCCUCGCCGCGAUCCUCUCGUCCCACUUCCCCAUCUCGACCCCCUCCUCUCGCUCCCUCAUCUGAAUCCCCUCGUCUCGCCUCAUCUCGUCCCCCUCCUCUCACUCCCCCAUCUCGAUCCCCUCCUCUCACUCCCUCGUCUCGAUCCCCCCCUCCCACUCCCUCAUCCCUGUCCCCUCCUCUCACUCCCUCUCACUCGUCCACCGCCUCCCUAUCCCCCACUGCUCGCCCCUCCAUCCUAA